UACAGAGCUGUCAGCAGAUACCCGUGCUGGAUCUGAAGUGCCUUUCCCAGAUUUGGACCCUGCACCUUCCUGUUUGCAGUCUGGGAGAAAGCUUUCAGCUUGUGAGAUCUUUCUGGUUCUUCAGCUUUUCCUUCCCAAUGAUGGGAGUUUUUGUCGUGGCUGCGGAGAAAGCAACUUUGGGACAGGCACUUGAGAAUGGGGUAUUUCUCUUCCAGGCACUGAACUCCCCUUGUUCAGAAGGCCACGCCUUUCCCCCGCGAUGCUCCGCUUGAAUUCGAAGGAGGUCCGUCAGCUUCUGCACAACAAGUUUGUCGUCAUCUUAGGGGACUCAAUCCAGCGAUCUGUCUACAAGGAUCUAAUUCAGGUACUCCAGAGUGACUCCUUACUCACCUCAUCCCAAAUGAAGACUAAGGGGGAAUUCAGUUUUGAAAAUGACCACUUAAUUGAAGGGGGCAUGCUUGAUGGUUUGCACAAUGGAAUUCAUUAUCGGGAGGUGCGUCAGUAUCGCACCCGCUAUCACCUUGUCCGGUUCUACUUCCUGACACGGGUCUACUCAGUGUACCUGGAAAGCAUCCUCAAUGAUUUCCGGGUUGGUCCACAGCCAGAUGUUUUGAUCCUCAAUUCUUGUGUUUGGGAUGUAUCCAGAUAUGGCCCGUCUUCUAUGAAGGAAUACCGCAAGAACCUGGAGACCGCCUUCAACAGGUUGGAUGCUGAGCUCCCAUCCUCCUGCUUGGUCAUCUGGAACAUGACCAUGCCCCUUGGCCCCAAGAUCAAGGGUGGCUUCCUUAUACCAGAGCUGCAGCACUUGAACAAGACUCUCCGCAAGGACAUCAUUGAGGGCAAUUUCUACGGGGCCACCCUGGCUGGCCUCCACCUGUUUGAUGUGGUGGACCUCCACUUCCACUUCCGCUUCGACGUGGGGAACCGUGUCAAAGAUGGCAUCCACUGGAACAAUGUGGUGCAUCGCAGGAUCACCAACCUUCUGCUGACUCAUGUGGCGGAUGCCUGGGGCAUCGUGAUCCCAGACAAGAAUCCUUGGCAAGAACAAGCAAAGGGCAUCAGGCUGCUGGCUGCACCAGAAGACCCUACAGAAUACACAGAAAGCCACAGAAGGCAAUAUGGAGACGCCACCGACCUCCUGGAAUCUCCCACGCCAAUAGCUGGAUGGCCCCACAAACAGCGCAAGUAUAUGGGGCUGGAGGGGGGCAUGAGAGACAGUGUGGUGGGCUUCAUUAGGCUGGAGGUCGCCAUCCAGCAACGUAGUGCUUCUGGAGCCUCUGACCAGCCUUUUGCACUCAACACUCACGAAAAGCAGAGGGAGCUUUUCUGGCACCAUCAUGGCCAGCAUCUUGAUCUUUUGGACUGCACCCGAUGGACACCCCUGAUGCUGAGUGUGGUUGAGAAGCCAAGAAGGGUCUUCCUUGAUCCCACAGGUCUGGUGACAUUUGCUGCCCAUUGUGAAGCCUACAGGCCUUAUCCAGAGCUGCCCCGUUUCCACGAUGACUCUUUACUCGUUCCCAACAAUUGGGGGGCAGUGGAGCCUUUCUCAGGAUUUACCAGCUUUGAGGACUCCCGCGGCCUGUCCUUCCACCCAGACAGCAUGUUCAGAGAUGUGGCCCUCAACAACUUUGGCUGCCAUCCAUGGGCCACCCCAAGUCCCUUUCUGCCUUACCCCUCCCACAAUGAAGAAAACAUACCCCCAAGGUCCAGAUGGCACCAAAAAAGAGCUUAUGUGGACGUUCCCUUUGUCAUGCGCCAAGAGCCGUACUACCGGAGAAACGCUUCACCGUACCAGAAGCGCAAAAUCCCCCUUAAGCGCUACUGAAGGUCGUCUCCUGCCAGGACGAGGUGAAGGACCUCUUCCAGGGUGAAGGAGAAGCCUUGACCAUGGCGAUUCUCUCUCUGUGCACCACGAUUGACGUAUGGGCUUGUGUCUGUGGUAAAAGGAAGGCGCAACCCCCGUGGCCUUUCUUGUUAACCCAGCCCGAGGGGGCUGAGUAUCUUUUUCGUAUCAGGAAGACCUCCGUUGAGUCCUGAAGUCCAGAAGACAGGGUUUGUGCCUGGUGCCGACCACCCUGAUAGUUUGGAAGCACUAACUCCUUUGCUGGGGCUUCAGCGCCAGGAAUGGCUCUCUGGAAUUAUGUUCGUCUCCAUACGGUGUCCUCUGCCCCAGACCUAGCUGCCCCACUCCUACCCCGUCCAGGUUGCCAAGAGGGAGUCUAGCCAGUGACCCCUUCUCCUUGGCCCUCUGGGGACCCUGAGGGAGAUGGGAGGGAGGAAGGAAAUGAUUUCAGUUGCAGUUGUGACUUUGACUGGUGUGUGCUUCUGUGCACACUUCUGUAACGAGACAGACGC